AUGAGCUCUCUCCAAGGCGUGGCACGCUCAGCUCCUCGUGGUCUCCAGGCCGUCGGACUGUGGAGACAGAGCGACAGUGUCGCGGCCAGUUUUACCACAGCAAGAAACCGAUUUCAAAUCAGCACAUUGAAUCGUCGCUUAUUACACUCAGCUCCUGCUCGAAAGAUACAAAGUGCCACCGCCGAAAAUCCUCCAGCGCGAGAUUCAUCGAACCCGGCACUCUCAUUUCCUUGUCUCGACGCCCUGGACGCGAAAUCGGCGCUGCUAACGGCCAGGUCGAUCGAGUCGGGUCCAGAACCUUCAUACACGACCGGACAACAUGAGAGCUUCCAUUGCGAAGAGCCAUUGCUACUAGACUGGGGUGGUGUCUUGCCAGAGUUUGAUAUCGCGUACGAAACAUGGGGUCAGUUGAACGCGGACAAGAGCAACGCUAUUCUAUUACAUACUGGUCUGUCGGCGUCGAGUCAUGCACAUAGUACCGAGGCCAACCCGAAACCGGGAUGGUGGGAGAAAUUCAUCGGUUCUGGCAAGCCGUUGAACACGGACAAAUACUUUGUUAUCUGUACAAAUGUUAUUGGGGGUUGUUAUGGGAGCACAGGCCCGUCGUCGAUCGAUCCGUCCGACGGGAAGAGAUACGCAACGCGGUUUCCCAUCCUUACACUGGACGACAUGGUUCGAGCACAGUUUCGUCUACUGGACUCAUUGGGAGUCCAGAAACUGUACGCCUCCGUUGGCUCCAGCAUGGGUGGGAUGCAGAGCCUUGCGGCGGGCGUGUUGUUCCCCGAGCGCAUAGGAAAGAUCGUGAGUAUCAGUGGAUGCGCCCGGAGCCACCCUUACAGCAUCGCCAUGAGACACACCCAACGCCAGGUGCUGAUGAUGGACCCGAAAUGGAACCGCGGUUUCUACUACGACUCGAUCCCGCCUCAUUCGGGGAUGAAACUCGCCAGAGAAAUCGCAACAGUCACGUACAGAAGUGGACCGGAAUGGGAGAAACGGUUCGGGCGCAAGCGCGCCGAUCCCAGCAAACAGCCGGCCUUGUGUCCUGACUUCCUUAUUGAGACCUAUCUCGAUCAUGCUGGCGAGAAAUUCUGCCUCGAGUACGACCCAAAUAGUCUACUCUACGUCUCCAAAGCCAUGGACCUAUUCGACCUCGGCCGGUCGCAGCAGGCGGAGACCAAGAAGCGCAGACAGGGUUUUGAGGCUCGUAUCGCCCAAGGCGGCAAGACACUCCACUACAAUGAUGCCUCGUGCAGCUUGACAUUACCCGAAAAGCCUUACGAGGAGCAACCCUCCAUAACCGACUCCAGCUCUUCGGCCGACGAGUCAGUCGCCGCAGGUGAGCAACCAGAUGCACCACCCGCCGACCUCAUCGCCGGUCUCGCGCCGUUGAAGAACCACCCGGUCCUGGUCAUGGGUGUUGCCAGCGAUAUUCUCUUCCCCGCGUGGCAGCAACGUGAAAUCGCCGAGACUCUUCGCGCGGCUGGAAACAAGAACGUCGAACACAUCGAGCUGGGCGAGGACAUCUCCUUAUUUGGACAUGAUACGUUCCUACUCGACUUGAAGAAUAUCGGCGGCGCCGUUGAGAGGUUUUUGCGCUAA